UGUCUUGUUCCACACGCAUAUAAGAUGUCUGUCUCGACUUCCAAAAGCAUCAGCAGUACGGACAUGGAACCCCUUCAGAUACAUUCAGACAGACACACCACAUCACGUCAUAGCUCUGCACACACGAAAAACCGAGGCCGCCUCGACGGCCUCCUCUACUCAAGCUCCGGGCAGCCAGCCACACAGACACGCAGACACCCAAAUCGGAAAAGACACGCACACACGUGCAGUGCCGUGCUCUGCUGUGCUGUGCUGUGUGCCGCCUCACCAGUCAUCAACCGAUGACCACAUUUGCCUAAAGCCAGCCCCCUCAGAGCACCCAUCUUUGUCUGUCUGUCUGUCUGUCUGUGUUAUCUCGGAUGUGUCGAAUCGGACGCCUCCUCACACAUUAUGUCGACCAGCUGGCGGAACGUCUCGCGUGUCGCGAAGCUGUUGAAGCUGUCGAACUCUGCCAACUUGCUGUGUGUGUCCCAGCCCUGUCCGUAGCCGCCAAGAUGAGAGAAGAGGGCAUGGACGCCCAGGGCGGCGAACUCGUCCUUGCCGCCGCGGAACUUGGCGGCGGGGGCGGUGCUCUGGUCCAGCUUCCAGAUCUCCUUGAGGGAUUCUUGACAUUGAUCUUCCUGCAGUACGCGUUGCAGCUGUUGCGCUUAUCGCCCACCGCAGCCUUGAUGAAUGCGUAUUUGUCCCUGACGACACCCUGCUUACCAUGACGGACACGAAACGGGCCAAGAGGGCAGACGGGAGCGCAUUUCCACGGAUUACUCCACGGAUUGAUGCGCGUGUGUGCUUAUGCUUUUCUGUAUGUUGAUGGAUUUGGCGCAGGCACAUCGGCAGGCUGCAUGUGUUGAAGACAGGGCCUUGUAUGUGGCGUGCUGGCAGUGUCGUGUGCGUAUUUUGCUGACUGUAGUACAUGCGGAUUUAGCUGUG